UAAUUGAAAAAGCGGUUGUGAUGGAUUGUUACAAGUGUGCUGAAAGUCAGCAAAAUCAUGAUCAUGUUAUGAUUCUUAACAGUAAAAAAUACUUUAUAUGUACUCAUUCUUGUAGGCGUGAUAAUAUUAUUUCAAUCCAUUUGUAAAUGCCUCCCUUUUCUUUCCCCAGAAGUGUAUAAACAGAUCACUGCUUUAUUGCAUCCAUUAGAUUAUUUGCAAACCGGAUCAACUAUGCUACCUCAAAAUUUGCUCACCCUCCUGCUCCUGGUGUUGAGCUCUGGUCUGGAGGCCUACAAAAUUUUAGUCUUCUACCCCACACCCUCUUUCAGUCAUCAACGUUCUAUAAUGGCACUGACAGAAAGGUUGGUUAAAGAGGGUCAUGAAUUGUUCGUUAUCAGCCCAAACGCUGUGUCUGGAUUGAACGAGAAUAGGAACUACACCUUCGUAGAUGUCUCAUUUUCAUAUAAGUAUUUCUCGGAUGAAAAACAAGAUGACGAAACUUAUUACAUGCAGGAAUACAUAUCCAAGUGGGACUUUCCCUCACAAUUUAGUGCCUACUUUGAUAUAGGAAGGAAGCAGCUACUCAGCGAAGCACAUUUGCAAUUUCUGCGUCGCGUUGAAAAGGAGAGAAUCAAGUUCGAUCUCAUCAUAGUGGAAAUGUUUUUCGUCCCGUUCGGUUGCGUCCUAUCCCGAACUUACUCCGGAUCUGCGCCAAUCAUUUCACUGCACUCAAUAUCGACAGAAUUCCUCGUCGAGAACAAUAUAGGGAGCAUAGCACACCUGUCAUUUGCACCGUCCGUGUACAACGAUUACACUGACAAAAUGAGCCUGUGGCAGAGAAUCGAAAAUUGGUUCUCGAACUAUUACCUAUGGUCAUUAUUCGAGCAAGCAGAGGAGACGGUUGUUAAAAGGUAUUGCAACGAGAUGUAUGGUCCAGGGUCUGAGAAGCUUGCGGAUGGAUGCUGGUCUAACGUCAGUUUGGCGCUAGUCGCCAAUAACCCAGUAUACUACUACCCUAGAGCGCUAAGCCCCAACGUUAUUGAAGUCGGUCCGUUGCACUUGAAAACCCCUGAGAAGCUAUCAAAGGAACUUCAAGACUGGCUAGAUGGAGCAGAAAGAGGAGUGAUUUAUUUCAGUCUCGGAAGCAAUAUAAAGAGCAAAUCCCUCCCGCCUGAAGUAAGAUCAAACUUCAUUAACUUUUUCGCAGAGCAUCCAGAUUACCGCGUCUUGUGGAAGUGGGAAUUAGAUGGAAAAAUUCCCAGUCAAUCAAAUAACAUUUUAGCUCAAAAAUGGAUGCCACAGACCAGCAUUCUAGCUCACCCGAAAGUGAAAGUUUACAUCACGCAAGGCGGACUCCAAAGUUUUCAAGAAGCUGUGCAUUACGGCGUGCCAUUGGUAGGAAUCCCUUGGUCUGGUGACCAAGGCUGCAACGUCGCAAAAAUGGUGGACGCUGGGAUAGGAGUGCGAUUGCGACCGCAAGAUCUCCAUUCUUACGAUAACAUUAAAGCCGCCUUGGAAACAGUACUGUUCGAUGCCAGGUUUUUCGAGAACAUGAAGAAGCUUUCGGCCUUGUCCAAAGAUUUCACCGAUCGAGGCAUGGAUCAAGCAGUUUUUUGGAUAGAGCAUGUGGCCAAACAUGGCGGGGCAUCGCACUUGAGGCCAGCAACCGCUGAUACAACCCUUUUUCAGUAUUUCUGCCUCGAUAUCAUAUCUCUAGUCCUCACUCUACUCAUCUUUUGUACUUACAUCGUAGUUAUUUCUUGCAAAUUUGUAGUUGCAGUCGUUUUCAAGGAAUCUCUGCCAAAAAUUAAGGCAUCCUAAUUUUUCAAAGUAUGUGUAAAAUACAUGUGUCCAUAAAGCGACCAUUA